GCUGACAUUGACAUAAAAAUAUUUCAAUAUAAAAAUUAUAUCUUCGGUCAGCUUGUAAUUUGUGAAAUAGUCAAAAUACUACAAAUUCAUAAUACACAAGCAAAAAGAUGGUUACUUUCGGUCCAGAUGAAGUGGGGUUAGUUGAUCAGUCAUCUUGUGCAGGUGUUCGUGCAGAUCUUAAAUCUUGUCUUUUGAAUAGUGAUUGUUGUAAGAAGGAAAGAAAAACACCCAGAGAAUGUUUAAAACUAGGCACAGUACCAGAUGAAUGCUUGCAAUUGCGUCAGAGUUUCUUUGAGUGUAAACGCUCAUUGCUUGAUAACAGAAGAAGAUUCAGGGGAGUUAAGGGCUAUUAGUAUAUUAUAAUUGAAGAAAUUUAGGUAAAAAUUGUUUUUAAUUACAUAAUUGUUAGCUAC